CCUCUUAAUUAAAGGGAUCGACGUAAGAUAAUGGAAAAAAGGUAGAGCUCGAAGGGUGCUGUGUGACAUAUCCGUUUGGCCUGCAAAACUUGACAAAAGAGAAUCUCUCUUUUCUUUUUCUUUUGUGGCUUUGAGAGCAACGACUCUUUUUCUUAGGGAAGCCAGGCACUUAAGAGUGAGAGAUCACUAGGAAUUCAUGGAAGAAGCGCCAAACCAUGGAAAUACUGCAGAAGAUAUGGAAAUACAAUAUUGCAGUUCCAGAAUGAUGUCACCUGAGAUUGUGGAAAUAGUAGAAGAUAGCAAGAGUAUUGCCAGUAGUAACCGAGACGGAGGAAUUCUGCAUGAUGUUUAUGUUGCUGUGGGAAAAGAUGAUCUGGAUGUGCUGAAAUGGGCUCUUGAUCAUGCAGUUUCCCCCGGUGCUCGGGUUUUUCUUGUCCAUGUUUUUCCUGCUAUUACCUACAUACCUACUCCUGUUGGAAGAUUAUCAAGGAGCCAAUUGAGCGCGGAACAGGUGAAGGUUUACAUAAAUGAAGAGCAUAACAGGAGGAGGAAUCUGUUGCAGAAAUAUAUCCACUUGUGUAAUGAGGCCAAGGUCACGGUGGAAACAAUGCUUCUCGAGAGCAAUGUCACAGCCAAAGCAAUCCUUGAACUUAUUCCUAUCCUUAACAUUACCAACCUUGUCAUGGGAACCAAACGAUCGCCACAUUACUCAAGGAGAUUGGGGAAAAAAAUGGCGAAAGGGGAAUUUGUAAAGAAGAAUGCACCAGAGUUUUGUGAGGUCACCAUUAUUCAUGAAGGAAAGAAGGUAGUGGAAAGUCAAGAGAUAGAAGAACCAGCUUGUUCUACUGAUCUAGCAUCCAGUCUGGGGAGAGCAGAAAAAUAUAACACCCACCAAUCUGACUGGAACUUCUUUGAGUGUGUGUGCUUUUCAGGCAAGCACCUCGAUUGAAAAUCGAAACUAAAACCUUAGCUUGUAUGUGAAUGUAAUGGUAUUUGCAGAAGGUUACAUU